AUGGCAGGAACAGAAGACGUACUGGAUCUGGAUCAGUUCAGCUGUUCGAUCUGUUUGGAUCCGCUGAGGGAUCCAGUGACGAUUCCCUGUGGACACAGUUAUUGCAUGGGCUGCAUCAAGAGCUACUGGGAUCAAGACAAUCAGAGAAAACCUUACUGCUGUCCUCAGUGCAGAGAAAUCUUCAGGUCAAGACCCCCUUUGAAGAAAAACACGAUUAUUGCCGAGAUUAUGGAGAAAUUAACACAGACCAGACACAGGGAUGUUCCUCUUUUUAGGAGCAAUUCCAUGUCCAAUCGCAUUGAGUGCGACUUUUGCACGAGCGAGAAACAGAAAGCCAUCAAAUCCUGCUUACAGUGUUUGGCCUCGUUCUGCGAAUCCCACAUCCAGCCUCACUAUCAGUCUCCGACCUUCAAGAGACACAAACUGGUCAAUGCCUCUACAGACUUGCAAGAGAGCAUCUGUCCCCAUCAUGAUAAACUUCUGGAGGUUUACUGUAAAGAUGACCAGCAGUGCAUCUGCUUCCUGUGCACAAUGGACGAACACAAAGGUCACGACACGGUGUCGGCUGAAUCAAAGUGGGCGGAGAAACAGGAGGAGCUGAAGGAGAACCAAAAGAGACUCCAGCGUAGAAUGACGGAGAUGGAGGAGAAGCUGCAGGAGCUGAAACAGACCAUGGACACAGUCAAGCGUUCUGCUCAGACAGCAGUGGAGGAGAGCGAGAAGAUCUUCACCGAGCUGAUCUGUCUCGUCGAGAAGAAACGCUCCGAGGUGACGGAGAUGAUCAGGGCUCAGGAGAAAGCGGAGCUGACCCGAGCAGAACGACUCCAGGAGCGACUGGAACAGGAGAUUUCCCAGCUGAACCAGAGGGACGCAGAACUGGGACGACUUUCACAAAUAGAGGAUAAAAUCCAGUUUUUACAGAGUUUCAAGCCUUUGUCUCACGUACGUCAAACCGAGGAGCUACUCGACAUCAAAGUCAAUCCACAGCUCCGCUUUGAGAAUGUGACCAAAACAGUCCUCCAAUUAAAAAUCAGAAUAGAAGAAGUCUGUGAGAAGGAAACAGAAAACUUGUCUCAGAACAUUACAAAAAUCAGUGUGGAUCAGCUGCCUGAACCCAAGAGCAGGAGGGAGUUUUUGCAAUAUGCCCGUAAGCUUACGCUGGAUCCGAACACGGCGCACAGAGACUUGUAUCUGUCUGAGGGGAACAGGAAGGUGGAAUGGUUUCACCAGGCUCAGACGGGCCCUGAUCAUCCGGAACGAUUCGAAACUUUCCCCAACGUCUUAUGCAGAGAGGAGCUCUCUGGACGCUCUUACUGGGAGGUGGACAGCAGCGGCCCGGAGGUUUCCGCCGUGGUGACGUACAAAGGAAUUAAGAGAAAGGGAAAAGGGGGAGAGAGUAGGUUCGGAUAUAACAACCAGUCCUGGAGGUUGUCAUUCUCACCAUCCAAAUGCUAUUUCAGGCACAACAACGAGCAGACCGACAUCCCCGCGCCCAGCUCCUCCAGAAUAGGAGUGUAUCUGGAUCACGCCGCAGGAAUUCUGGCCUUCUACGACAUCUCCGACACGAUGACCCUCCUCCACAGGGUCCAGACCACGUUCACCGAACCCCUUUACCCAGCAUUUGGGAUUAACUAUGGAUCAUCGCUAAAGAUCUGUGACUUAUGA